AUGGCCUCACUGGACAUUAAGGACAUGUACUUUAUGAUCCCUCUACGUGAGGAAGACAAACCACAGUUCGCUUUCACGUGGCAAGGUUCCCAAUUCACCUUCAAUCGUCUUCCCCAGGGGUACAAGCACUCAGGAACCAUUGCACACAAUUCCCUAGCAGCACUGUUAGACACCAUUGAAGUCCCAAAGGAUGUAAGUGUGUACCAGUACAUAGAUGACAUCUUUGUCGGGGGAAAUGACAAAGCAUUCAAAGAUGCUGAAAAGAGAUACUCUGAAUGGGAGAAGGGCCUCCUGUCUUUGACCCGGGCUGUCAAAGAGGCCGAGAAGCUGCGCACUACGCAGGAUAUCCCCUACAAGCCGUCUCCUAUUCAGGUAGCACCUGAAUUGACUGCUGAUGCCAAUACUGAGGGAGUGUGGUUCACCGAUGCAUCUGCCCAAAGGAGUGACAACGGUUCCAGUGGACAGACUAUCCUGGAGAUGAAGACCCAUCUCGGGAGUAACAGGGAUCCAUCACCAAGCUGUGACCCCUUCCUGCCACAGUAUGGCCUCACAGAAGGACCCAGGCAAGAGCUGGGAGGACAGCACCCAGAGAUCAAGUUAGAGAAGCCCAAGUGCAGUCCCAAGGGAGAGGAGGAAGAAAAUGAGGAGAAGAUGGAGGAUGAUGGUGUGAAGAAUGAUGACUAUGAAGAGGAGGAUAAUGAUGAUGAUGAAGGUGACCAGGGUGAGGGGGAGGAAUGUAUGGAGGAGGAUGAAGUCAGAGCAGGUCCCUCAGUGUCACCAAAACAGCUGAAUCAGUGUGCUGAGUGUGGGCAGAGCUUCCCACCUGGCUCACAGCCAGUGAAGCACCACUGCCGGCAGCCUGGCUCCCGGCCCUUCGUCUGUGGUGACUGUGGUAAGAGGUUCAGCUGGAAUUCUGACCUCAUCCGGCACCGCCGCACCCACACUGGUGAGAAACCAAUCACCUGUGCUGACUGCGGCCAGAGCUUCACCCGGCGCUCCAGUCUCACCCGGCACUGCCUCACCCACACUGGAGAGAAACCGGUCACCUGUGCUGACUGCGGCCAGAGCUUCACCCGGCGCUCUAGUCUCACCGAGCACUGCCUCACCCACACUGGAGAGAGGCCCUUCUCUUGUGACAGCUGUGGAAAGCGCUUCAGGCACAUGGCUCAUCUUAGGCAACACCACCUCACCCACACCAGUGAGAAGGCCUUCACCUGCAGAGACUGCGGCAAGAGCUUCAAAACAAGCUCCUAUCUCACAAUCCAUCGCCGCAUCCACACUGGAGAACAUCUGUUCCCCUGUGCUGAGUGCGGGAAGACCUUCACCACGAGCAGCAGACUAAUCAAGCAUCAACUCACCCACAGCGGUGAGAAGCCCUACAGAUGUGCCGACUGCAGCAAGAGCUUCACGAGGAAGGGAGACCUCACAAAGCACCGUUCUGUGCACACUGGUGAGAAGGCUUUCAGCUGUGCUGACUGUGGGAAGAGCUUCAGCUACAGCAGUAAUCUCAUUCGCCACUGCCGCACCCACACUGGUGAGAAGCCCUUCGCUUGUGCUGAUUGCGGUAAAAGCUUCACCCAGAAGGGAUCCCUCAACAAGCACCGCUGCACCCACAGCAGAGAAUAG